GCCCCAGAACCCCGGCUCCACGCAUGCGUGGCUGGCAGCGGCGGAGCCCCGGAUCGAGCGUGACGUAGACUCGCUGGUACAGUGUCCCCUGAUUGGUGAACCGCUCUGGAGGCGAGCAUGUGCAAAGCGCAUGUGCAAAGCUGUCUGCGCCGGGCAGCUCCCGGCGAGCACGUGUUCCCUGUGCGGUGAGUGCCUGGUCCUGUCUUUCAGCUGCCUGUUGCUUGCGGGGGAGGGGCGCUUUUUAAAUUUCCCGCCCGAGACCGUGAUUGGCUGGCGGUUGCACACUCGGUUAAGAAAAGCUUUAAAAGGCUGCGGGCUGCUUCUGUCCCCUCCCGCUGGUGGGGGCCGCCGCCGCCCGCGCUCUCCCAAACCCCGGCACGUGGCUGCCGGCUCGCUAGAUACUGGAUUUACGGAAUCAAAGCCUUCAACCGUGAUGCACCAAGCGGAUUUAAAUCUGGCCUGCUACAUUUCCUGCCACUCAGAGAUUAGUUCUGUGGAUCACCUCUGGGAAGUUGUUGGAUCAGCUUUCGAAAAAGGUGACUUGGGGGCCUUUGCACAGUAUCAAGCCAUCAACUUCCAGCAAUGGAAGAGCACAGAUGAGGACAAUGCAGAGCAGUUCUGGGUGGAAGUAUACAAUUUUCAAGACCGCAGUGGUGAACAGUGCUUUAAAGAGCUAGCCCUGUUUGCACUUUCCCUACUCACCAUGCCUCUGAGUAAUGCUGAUGUGGAACAAGCUUUCACGUUGCUCACCUGAGAGAAGUCCAAGCACCGGAACAGGAUGGGUUGCUGGACUCUGAGCAGUAUACUGCACCUCCACUAUCUGCUAAGAAGACUAGGGAUUUGCUGAAUGGAUUUUGUCCCACACCAGGAUAUGGUUCAAUGUAGGAAUGUACUACAUUGAGGCAACAGACUGUGGAGGAUGGAGAGACACACUAUGGGAGUCUGAAGAGCCAUGGAUUACACAUGAACAAUCAUGAAAGGCCACUGAGCACUUCAGCAACAUUCCACAUCUGUACCCCUUUCUAUAGGAAUAUACUAAAUGAAGCUGCUCAGUUUGUCUUCAAAGAGUCUCAUUUAUAAUCUCACUUAAACACUGAUAGUCUUUAAUGCUGAAAACAUCUGAGUCUCCAGCCCUUACUCAGCAAAAUAAGUUGACCAGUAAUUAGUAUGGCUGUUUGCAUGAGUAGUCAAAGGGUAGGGAGUAAUGCUUUCUGGGCUGCCUGGUGCUCUAAACACAUAGCAAGACAGUCCCUCCCCAGAAAAGCAUACAAGCUAAAUAGACAAGACAGUACAAAGGUAAAGUGACUUGCCCCAAUCACACAGCAGGCUACUGACAGAGCUGGUAAUAGAACCCAGGUCUCCUGACUCCAAUCCAGUGCCUUACCCACAGUGUCUGCCUCCUGUAGUAAAGCCUUAUAAAACAAAAGCAUAUUAUGGUGCUGUAGUACAAAGCCCAAAGGUAUAAGAUGCUUUUUUGGUAUUGCAUUGAUAGGGCUAUUCUAUUUGUAUUCCAGUAGUGCCUAGAGGCCUAUAGUGAGACUGGGCCGCUGUAGAAAGGUAAUGGAUUUUAUGCUUUCAGGCAGGUCAGAGUGUCUAUGCAGGGGUUCUUGUGACCUCUCAGGGAGUUGCAAGGUGGCUAGAUGGAGGUCACAAGGCUGAUGGUCCCAAGCCCUCAUUAAAUUAAAUUCUCUCCCCAUUUUUAAUUUAUAAGCAGGGGGUUCACACUCAGAGGCUUGGUGUGUGAAAGGGGUCACCAAUGCUAAAAGUUUGGAAACUGUUGAUCUACAGAAUAAGAGGAUGUUGUGCCCUGCUGUAAUGAGUUUUAUGAUGAUUUAAUUUGAGGGAGCAGUUUAAAGGGCUUUUACUUCCAUAUGUACUACUCAGCAGUAUGUGUGGCAGCAGGAAUGCUGCCCCUCCCUCUAUGGAGGAAAACCACUUAAAUAGGAUGGUUAGAGAAAGUGGUGGUCUGGUUACUAUCUGUGAGUACAAUAUGUCAGACUUAUUAGAAUGUCUUUCAGUGCUAAAAAUGCUGCUCUUAGGGGAUGGUAUAAAUUGAUGCAGCUGUCUAGUUUGCCUCUGUAUUUCAAUGUGUAAUAAAAUAUUUGCUUACUAAAA